CUUGAAGUUGGUAAAAAUUGAAAAAGGACGUUAACGUAAUUUCAGAAAGAAGUGGGUUAAAUAAGAAUUAACGUAAUUUGUAUCUAUAGAGAUCGUGCGGGGCUUGAUUUCCAAUUUUUCUGCUGCUCCCUCUCUAAUCGAACACUCACACACAGAAAGCAGAAAGAAAGCCAGCACAAACAAAAAAGUACUUAUAACCAAGGGUAAAUCCGUGAAAAUUACUCUCUCUCUCUCUCUCUCUCUCUCUCUCUCUCUCUCUGACACACACACAUACGUACCGUCGUCAACCCCCCUGCGUCUGUAUUAGUUUACUGGUGCACAGUAAAAGCACUACUCUAUAUAGUUUCAGGAAAUUGCCCCUUUCUCUGUCUCGCUGCUCUCGCAUAAUUACAUAGCAUUUCUGGUGUAGAUAGUAAUAGUUGGGAGUGUCAAGAGGUAGAUCUGAAGUUGAAGAAGCUCCCGCCCUCAAAUUCUGUUCCGGAAGCUUCUACGGCUUUCUCUACUUCUGCAUUUCGUUCUAAUGGGAAAAUAGGGUUUCUUGGUUUGAGACUUCUGCUUGAGUGACCCAAAUGGCAAAGUCGAGAUCACAUUUCCCAACUCAAGACGUGUUAUCAUCUGCACAGGCCGCAGUAAGGUCGAGAGAAUGGGAGGGUCCAACAAGGUGGACUGAAUACUUGGGUCCAGAAAUAGCAUCCAGAAAUAAUGGUGGUGCUGAAGGUGCGGCAACUCAAACCUCAAGCAGUUCGUCGCAGAAGGGUUUGAACAUGCAGUGGGUUUACCAGCUCACACAUGUAGCUGAAGGACUAAUGGCAAAAAUGUAUAGACUGAAUCAGAUUUUGGAUUAUCCUGAUUUGGUUAGUCAUGUCUACUCCGAAGCAUUUUGGAAAGCAGGUCUAUUCCCAAACCACCCCAGAAUUUGUAUUUUGCUUGAGAAGAAAUUUCCUGAGCACCACAGCAAGUUGCAGCUUGAACGGGUUGAUAAGCUUGCUUUGGACGCUAUGAAUGAUAGCGCUGAGGUUCAUUUGCAGGGCUUGGAGCCAUGGGUUCAGCUGCUUCUUGACCUGAUGGCAUUCCGAGAACAAUCCCUGCGGCUCAUAUUGGAUCUGAGCAGUACUGUGAUUACCUUGCUGCCCCACCAAAAUUCUCUCAUCCUACAUGCGUUUAUGGAUCUGUUUUGCUCAUUUGUUCGGGUCAAUCUAUUUUCUGAUAAGAUACCAAGGAAAAUGAUACUGCAAACGUACAAUCUUUUGCAUGCCAUGGCACGGAAUGAUCGAGAUUGUGAUUUUUACCAUAGAUUAAUUCAAUUUGUAGAUUCUUAUGAUCCACCAUUGAAGGGGUUACAUGAAGAUCUUAAUUUUGUCAGUCCUCGGAUUGGAGAGGUUUUAGAGGCUGUGGGUCCCAUUGUCUUUUUGUCUACAGAUACAAGGAAGCUGCGAAACGAGGGUUUCCUAAGUCCGUUUCAUCCUAGAUAUCCUGACAUACUUACAAACUCUGCUCAUCCAAUGAGAGCUCAAGACCUGGCAAAUGUUACUUCGUAUCGUGAAUGGGUGUUAUUUGGGUAUUUGGUUUGUCCAGAUGAGCUUCUUCGAGUCACAAGCGUUGACAUUGCUUUGGUUGUAAUGAAGGAAAACCUAGUUCUGACGUUAUUCAGGGACGAAUAUAUUUUAUUGCACGAUGAGUAUCAGCUAUAUGUUUUACCAAGGAUAUUAGAAUCAAAGAAGAUGGCAAAAUCUGGACGAACAAAGCAAAAAGAAGCAGAUCUAGAGUACAGUGUUGCAAAGCAGGUAGAGAAAAUGAUAAGCAGUGAAGUCCAUGAGCAAGCACUAUACUCCUGUGAUGCUAUACACCACGAAAGAAGAAUAUUGUUGAAGCAGGAGAUUGGGAGGAUGGUUCUCUUUUUUACUGACCAACCAAGUUUGUUGGCUCCUAAUAUUCAGAUGGUUUUUUCGGCCUUAGCCUUUGCACAGAGUGAGGUGCUAUGGUAUUUUCAGCAUGUUGGAGUAGCGGCUUCUAAAUCUAAAACAACUCGGGUUGUGCCAGUAGAAACUGAUCCAAAUGAUCCAACUAUUGGAUUUUUAUUGGAUGGUAUGGACAGACUUUGCUGUCUAGUCCGGAAGUAUAUUGCAGCCAUUAGAGGUUAUGCUUUAUCAUACCUAUCAUCCUGUGCUGGUAGAAUCCGCUUUCUGCUGGGUACUCCUGGAAUGGUGGCUCUUGACCUUGAUGCUACCUUGAAGGGACUUUUCCAAAAGAUUGUUCAGCAUUUAGAAAACAUACCAAAACCUCAGGGCGAAAAUAUUUCCGCCAUCACAUGUGAUUUAUCAGAGUUACGCACAGAUUGGUUAUCCAUAUUGAUGAUUGUCACUUCUGCUCGUUCAUCUAUUAACAUCAGACAUUUGGAAAAAGCUACAGUAUCUACUGGCAAAGAGGGCUUAUUGUCAGAAGGAAAUGCUGCAUACAAUUGGUCCAGAUGCGUUGAUGAGCUUGAAAGUCAGUUAUCAAAAUAUGGGAGUCUGAAGAAACUCUAUUUCUACCACCAACAUCUUACAACUGUUUUUCGUAACACCAUGUUUGGCCCUGAGGGUCGUCCACAACAUUGCUGUGCCUGGCUUGGUGUUGCUAGCAGUUUCCCAGAAUGUGCUUCACCAAUUGUUCCAGAAGAGAUGUCUAAAAUUGGACGCGACGCAGUACUGUAUGUUGAAUCCCUUAUCGAAUCUAUCAUGGGAGGGCUGGAAGGUUUAAUAAAUAUUCUUGACUCAGAAGGAGGAUUUGGAUCUCUGGAGAUGCAGCUUCUCCCAGACCAAGCAGCAAAUCUCAUGAAUUUGACAUCCAGAUUAUCUCUUCCUUCAGCAAAAUCUCCAAAACUUUCUUAUGGUUUUCAUUUGCCAGGAUACGAGAGCUAUCCAGAAAAUAAUAAUUCCAUCAAAAUGUUAGAAGCUGCACUGCAGAGGUUGACAAAUCUUUGUUCAGUCUUGAACGACAUGGAGCCUAUAUGUGUUCUGAACCAUGUUUUUGUUCUUAGAGAGUAUAUGAGAGAGUGCAUCCUUGGGAAUUUCAAAAGGAGACUGCUCACCGUGCUGAAAACUGAUUCUGAUCUACAGAGACCUUCUGUCCUGGAAUCACUUAUUCAUAGACAUACUUCUAUAAUUCAUCUAGCAGAGCAACAUGUCAGCAUGGACCUCACCCAGGGUAUUCGUGAAAUUCUCCUUGCAGAGACCUACUCUGGUCCAGUUUCUUCUUUACAGUUGUUUGAGAAAACUGCAGAACAGCAGACUGGGUCAGCUACUGAAGCUGUGUGCAAUUGGUACAUCGAAAACAUUGUUAAGGAUGUCUCUGGUGCCGGAAUCAUCUUUGCACCACUCCAUAGAUGCUUUAAGAGCACACGGCCUGUUGGUGGCUAUUUUGCCGAGUCAGUGACAGAUCUCAGAGAAUUGAAAUCCUUCGUUCGCACUUUUGGCACCUAUGGAGUUGACAGAUUAGACAGGAUGCUUAAAGAACAUACUGCGGCACUUCUAAAUUGCAUUGACACGACAUUGCGGGCAAAUCGUGAGAAUUUGGAGGCAGUUGCUGGAAGUAUGCAUUCUGGUGACAGAAUGGAAACAGAAGUGAAUAUAAAGCAGAUAGUUGAUAUGGACACUAUGGUUAGGUUCUGUAUUCAGGCGGGGCAGGCCAUUGCUUUUGGUUCUCUUUUAGCAGAAGCUUCGGGGGAUGUGCUUAAAGAAGGUGCUCCUCUGAUUUAUUCACUGCUAGCAGGUGUUGCUAAGCAUUUACCUGAUGAGAUACCUGAGAAGAAAGAGAUCCGGAGAAUGAGAAGAGUGGCAAACACUGUUAAUGUAGUUGGUGAUCAUGACUUUGAGUGGGUUAGAUCUAUACUGGAAGAGGUUGGGGGUGCAACUGAUGGUUCGUGGAGCUUGUUGCCCUAUUUAUUUGCAACGUUUAUGACAUCUUCUAUCUGGAACACAACAGCCUUUAAUGUUGACACUGGGGGCUUCAGCAACAAUGUUCACUGUUUGGCCAGGUGCAUAUGUGCUGUGAUUGCGGGAAGUGAAUUGAUCAGACUCGAAAGAGAAUUUCAACAGAAACAAUCUCUUUCAAAUGGCCACAUCAGUGAAACGUUGGAUCCUGCCGAGACACUAAACUAUCUGUCAAUAGAGGCAAGCAUAAAGUCCACAAUGCAGCUUUUCAUCAAGUUCUCAGCAGGAAUUAUUCUCGAUUCUUGGAAUGAAAGCAAUCGGUCUCACCUUAUUGCAAAGCUGAUAUUUCUCGAUCAAGUAUGUGAGAUCUCACCAUACCUGCCGAGGAGUUCACUGGAAUCUCAUGUACCUUAUUCGAUCCUACGUUCCGUGUACAGCCAAUACUAUUCAAAUUCUUCGACUCCCCUGGCAUUGAUGAGUAGUGCCUCGCCACGCCAUUCUCCCGCCAUGUCACUGGCUCAUGCUUCUCCAUCACUGAGGCAGCACCGUGGUGGAGACACCAUUUCUCCACAGUCGAAUGUCCACGACUCAGGUUAUUUCAAGACUUCAUCUGCACAUGGCCCAGAUCAAUACGAGACAGACAGUGUUGGCAUAAGAAGCAUCGACCACAAAAAUCGAAAUGUUAGGCGGUCUGGCCCAUUGGACUACAGCUUAAGUCGUAAGUCCAAAUUUGUAGAAGGCUCAACAUCAGCUAGCACUGGUCCCAGCCCAUUGCCUAGAUUUGCAGUCUCGAGAUCCGGUCCAAUAUCGUACAAUUAAGACAUAAAAUACUUAUAAUUGUGAAGUAAAAGAUUGUAUGUUGAGUAUAAUAAUUAUGUGUUGUAGUGAAAGAUGUGAUGUCAGUGGAAACUGUAUUAUUCUUGUAGAUGUAUUUACUGUUUACUGUGUCUUUGAUGAGAGUCUAUAGCUACUCAUUUCUGUUUGUUGCAUCAUUUUGUAAUGAAGAUAAACAAUAGUAAUUUUCAAUCAACUUGAGACUUAGUUUAGACA